AUGCAACAGAACACAGAAACUUCGUCUGAGAACAUCCAAGUCGGUGCUCUCCAACCAAACCAAGAUGCGCCUGCACAAGCAUGUUCUAGCAUCGCCGCCCCAGAAUCGCCGUUGGACCACCCUCUAGCCCCGAAUCUCGCGAAGCCAGACGACUUGAAUGCUCGCAUUCGUGAGAACUUCAAGCCGAACAAUGCCGAAGAGAGGGAGACAGUUCGUAAUGAUUCUAAGAACUUUCCCGCCAUCCUCCUUGGGAAAGACCUUGGACCAAUAACCGAGCACGAUGGUGAGAAGAUCAAUACCAGCGUCAAGCUUCGGAUCGACGAGGUUAGACCACAUAUCCACAUCGUCGCCUCCCGCAAGUCUAAAGAGGACUACAAUUUGGCGGACCAGUUCAUGGUCUCCAAGGAACUAGGCGAGAAAGAACAAAAAGAGGCGAGAAGAGCAAACCCACAUCUCAGUGAUGCCUUCCAGAUCAACUUCGAUCGAGACCAGCCGCUACUCCUGAGCACCAAGGUGUACUGGUCUGCCAUCGUCGACAAACCAAUAAGUUGCAGCCCACCAGGCAAGAGAACCCUGAUCGUCUCCCGAGCCUGGAUCAAGGACGUACAGAACGAGACCGUAGAUUGGGAUCGACACGAGCCUAAGGUCAUUGAGCCAAGACAUGGAGGUGAUCGGGAAAAACUUGCUCAGGAGAUUAGUGAGGAGAUUCAGCACAUAUCUGGUAAUGUCGUACGUCUCAAGGUAGUUAAUCCUGUAGAUAAGGACGAGUUGAACUCCUACGACAGAUUGAUCAACCCAAGCGACCAAUUACCUUUGACCGACUACAACCGCAACUUGGUCGAUGUCUUGCUUGGCCGACGCCACGACAAGCUCAAAAGUACGACCUUUACAAGAGCAUUCGCACAUCCAUCACCAGCGCCUUACAGCUUGGACAAAGAAGUCUUGGAUCGGAUCUACGUCACCAUGCGGGCUCGAGGCGUCAAAAAUCUCCACAACCUCACCUGCGACACUAUUGAUAAAUUGCAAGGUCAAGAGGCUGACAUAUUCAUCGGUUUGCUUCCCAUCUCGGAGAAGAUGGGUAUGAUGGGCGACCCUCGUCGUACAGCGACUCUUGUCUCUUGUGCCAGAAACCUCUUCAUUCUUUGUGGUAGCAGACGGGACAUCGCCAAAGCUCGAGGUCUCGCGCCUGAGUUUGCUGCCCUCCCCACUCAUUUUGGCCCCAACCAGACACUGAAGUGGAAUGUUCCAAAAGAAAACUGGCAGGUUCCAGGACAAGAGUAUCACACACCAAGCUUCGCCAAAACCACUCGAAGUUUGCCGUAUGCGUAG